AUGGUUCAGCUUCCGGGGCGAACUGACAACGAGAUAAAAAACUACUGGAACAUUAGAUUGAAAAGACUUGUUCGUGCUGGAUUACCUAUUUACCCUCCUGAAAUUCUACGAGAGAUCCAACAUCGACGCUUCAACACUCAAAAUCUAGAACGACCUCCACAAAACCAAAUACAGUUUUCUUCAUUGUCAUCGUUGUCAUUGCCACAAAACCCUGAUUUCACUUCAUUCCUUUCUUCAUCAUCUUCCUCAUUUGAAGAAAACCCACAUCAAACAAAUACAGCCUCUAUUUCAACAAUUCAGGAAAACCCUGAUUCCAGUUCCAUCAACUCCAUGUCUUUGAUCGAAUUAGCAAUGAGUUACCCCCUUCUAAUUGCUACUUUAUACCCCCCUAUAAACAUGUACAAGUUCAACCUUCAUAGUCAUAACAAUGGUGGAGUCGUGUUGUCACCACCACCCUCUCAACAUUUAAAACGUUCGAACUCACCUUAUAAACCCGUCUUUGCUGGAAGUCAGCUUGCACCAUCUGACAUAGAUACAGUACAAACGGAUGAUCCUGUCUUGUCUGAAAACUUUAAAAUAAUAGAGAUCCCUUCAAUCCAAUCAUGCUUUGAAGCAAUCACGCCAACUUUUUCUUCGACCAACGGGAGUGAUCACUACUUCAUUGCGACGUCAAAUGGUGAAGACAAUCACAACAUGGAUCCAGACUUAUGCUCAGGGAGAAACAGUGGAUUGCUACAAGAUGUUUUGAGACAACCUACAGCUUUAUUGAGCUCCCAGUUACCCUGUAAACAAUCUGAAAAUGAUCAACCAGCUGAAGGAAGAUUAAUCAUGCAUGAUGAUUCCGUUGCGGAAAUGAACCACCCAAACAGCACCGAUGCGAAUUUAGAAUCCGGGUUUGGAUCAAGUGCUGAUGACAUGAACCUUGUGGAUGACUUCAGCUCUUUCUUUUCAUCAAAUGAUAUUGGAGUCCUAUCAGAAGUUGAUGUGUUUGAAAUCUUAAACGAGAUGAACGAUUUGGUAGACUUCCCAGUAAGUGGACCUCCUCAAGCACUGAGUUUGAGAAGUAAUGGCGCAUCUACUGAACCAGCCAAUGUUUCCGAUGGCAUCAUGACUCCAGCGACGGAAAUACAAGGGGAACUUGUGUUUUGUCCGGUUCCUACCACCCAAACUGAGAUCGGAGAUGGUUGGGCGACAGAUGUGUUCUCUCUUAUUGAAAACAACCCAGCCGAUACAGACGAAGAGUAUGCUCAAGAACUUAUGGGUUCUCAGAUGGCAAUCACCCUAAUUGAGCAAGAACGUGACUGGGCUCUAGGCUAUAUGCCUAGCUUUUCCUAA